GAGAAUCGGAAAUGAGGUAUUCUGUACCCUUCUGUGUGGGAUUAUAUCACUGAUUUUAGUUUACACGUACAUGUUUGCACCGUCGAUUGGAAACCGCGCCAAGGAAGAGAUGGACAGCCAUGGUUUCCAUGUUCCAAGCAUGGAGAACUCGCCGUUCUCUCUGCCGUUUCUGCGGAACUGCUCCAUGUCAGGCCAAGCGAACUUCCUGGAAGCGCUUCAGACCCCGUAUCAAGAAUGUGGCCGAUUUCGAGGGGCGAUCCAAUGCCAUGAGGUUGUUCAGCCUCGGACUGGAGCUGUCCGUUGACCUGACAAAAGAACUUCCCCGUGAUGAGCUGUACUGGGCUAGGAAAUACUGCGACCAAUUCGAGGAGGACCACAUGGUUCUGUUCCCGCUGUGUAUCCAGCGUCAGAUCAAUGACUGGUACCCAGUGCCUUACUAGAUUCCUUGCAGCGUUUGGCGGCGAUAAGAAUGUCGAUGAUGGAACAGAAAUGGUCGUAGUGACGUCAUCGAUUUGUGUGAUAACGCCCCAUUUGUCGCAACCGCGAUUUUAUUUUUGUUUUUUGCUUUUAUUUCUAAUCAAUGAGAAAGUGUGACCUAGUGAUAUUAAUGGUGUUUUCGUAACUUUAGUAAGUUUUACCUUGUAAAAUUGGUACUUUGAAGAGAGGAACAUUUUACACAGAUAACCAGCCGAUUAAAACUGCUCCAUAUUGGUCAGCUACAGGUUGUAACGUUUCUAUGGUAACCAUUUACAGGUAGUAUAAUAAAAUGUCCUAACCUAA